GCAGCCAGCACUCGGGGUCACGGCGGUCCUGCGAGCUCGCUUGAGCUGUACCGAGGGCUGCUAGAGUGAGUCAGGGCUUUGGUAGACGCUGCAGGGUUCCGGCCGUUCAUCCUCACGUUGACGGCGGUGAAGAGUGACCAUGCCCUGCUUACUGCACUGGCUGAGAGGUGGUGGGAUUCCUCUAAUACCUUCCACUUUCCGAUUAGGGAGAUGACGAUGACUCCGUCUGACUUUGCAGCUCUCACCGGCUUGAGGGUAGGAGGAGAGCCUAUCUCGUUUGACUCAGAGAUUUACAGAGACACCGGGGCAUUGGAGUGGUUCUUAGGGCAGGCACCAGCAGGCGAGGCAGAGACCAUCCACUAUGACCAGUUCAAACGGUUUUUGCAUGGGAGGGCGCCAGACUCAGAGUUGGAGGUGGAGCAGAUGGCGAGGGCCUACUUGUUGUACUUGUUCGGGGCUACGUUGUACCCGAACAAGCGAUCCACAGUGCACAUGUCUUACUUGCCGACCCUCUAUGACUUACGCACAGCUUCGCGCUUUGACUGGGGAGGAGCAGCUCUGGGAACGUGCUAUGGUUUCAUGGGGGAGUUCUCGCGGGGGAAGAAGGCGACUGCCGGCUACUAGAGAGUGUGGGAGCUGUGGGCUUACGAAGUGCUGAAGAUGUACCCACCGGAGAAUAAAUGCCCAAACUUGAGGAUGCUCCCACGUGCUAUGAUCUGGGGGCCUAUGUACAGCGACAAGAAGA